ACGAGUGAACCGUGUUGUCGUAAUUUCUGGAAAAUGAACUGCUUUCCCGUGAUAUUUGUAUUAGUUUUAAUUUUUGAUAUCGUAUCUUUAUUUGAAACAACGAAAGAGCCACCAAAAGAGACCACCUCAGUGAGUUUGUACAAAAUAUCACUGAGUGACUAUCACCCAACUCCAGACAACUGGGACUCGAAACAUGACAAAAUUAUGAAGUCACUAUGGGUUUACCGACCUCCUUCAUUGCAGACGCAGCUAUUAGAAGAUCGUGAUGUUCAACAAGUGGCCUUUAAAGCGCCCCAUUUGUUGACGAGACUAGCAAAGCCGUUUGAGUUUGGUGCUGAUCCUUAUUUUAGUAAGGGAUACUUUGAGCCAUUCGAGAGAAGACACAGGCCAGUCACGCUUGUGGCUUUUAGAAAAAAUGGAAAAAGUGGAUACAUGCCGCGUAGAAGUGUGACAAAGCAUGAUUCAUCUGAAAUAGCGGAACUCCAGUCGCCUUACAAUGAAAUUGGGAGCCUCUGGCAAGAAGAACCAAGCGUGUACAGCACUUAAGUCGUAAAAUAAAUAGAUAAACCUAAGAGAUAAACUUAUGUUUUUUUCAUUUAUUUGAUUGGUUGAUUGAUUGAUUGCUGAUUAGCAUGUUUGUUUUGUAAACAGUUCUACGAAUUAAAAUAGUCAUCGUAUUUAAAUAAAAUCUUAGAUUAUAAAAUUAUAUUAUACUUAUAGUUAGCAAGAUAGUGUUAAUGGGGAAAGUUUUAUCAAAUUAUGUUCACUGUUCAGUGUUAGACGUUGGCUAAACAAAUACAAAAUCAGUAGGUAAAAGAACACAUUUGAUAUAAGAUCUUCUUACCAAUCAUUUUAAGUGAAUGUAGCAGCAGCAGAUUCUUAGAUAUGAAUCUCUUUUGUAGAAGAGAGGUACCUUUUCCGAUUAAUAACUGCAGUGAGUGAGUCAACCUAGUGAGUCAGGUCACAAGAGCCCAUAGGAGCAUCGACAUUGACCUACUAGCGUGGUAGCCUUCCUGAUGGGAAGUCAGCAGAUGGUACAACAUCAAUCCGGAUUCCUCACUCAAACGACUACGGUCUACGAUGUUUUCAAGGACAAGCCAAGGACUUUCCUUUCAAACACGUCGUCUCAAACUAAGGUCUCAAACCUCAAACUUUAUCAAAUACCUUGUCAAAUACCUA